AUGAUUAUAUCUCAUCUUGUUAUCUUAAUCAACUCAAUUUUUGUUUUUUCAGUUGAAGGACAAAAUGUGAAUGGUGCCAAUUCCAAAUUGCACUCAUUAAGACGAAGAAUUGACAAGUUGAAAUCGUCAACAUUAAACAGCAGUUUAGGUGGUGCGCAGCAACCAUUUCCAGAGUGGUUGAGUGCAUUUACUGGAUUAGAAGAGUGGCCUGGGUUAGAGCCACCAUAUAUUCCAUUGGAUUUUAUUGAUUUUGAGAAGGUUCCCAAGGAUAUUGAAGCUCAUAGCAUGGGCGUUUGUCCUCCAGACCGAUACAGUUGUUCAUUUGAUUGUUAUAAAUGUGUUGCUCACGAUGAUGUUUUCAGUUGUCCCAAGUUAUCUCAGACGUUUGAUGAUGGGCCAUCGCCAGCUACUCCAAAGUUGUUGAAUCAUUUGAAGCACAAGACUACGUUUUUCACGUUGGGUAUGAACGUUGUUAGGUUUCCAGACAUUUAUCAGAAGAUUCAAGAGAAUGGGCAUUUGUUGGCGUCGCAUACUUGGUCGCAUCCGUUUUUGCCUUCGUUGAGCAAUGAGCAGAUUGUAGCUCAGAUCGAGUGGUCGAUAUGGGCGAUGAAUGCAACUGGACACCAUAUUCCCAAGUGGUUUCGACCUCCAUAUGGUGGAAUUGAUAAUCGGGUGAGAAGCAUUGCGAGGCAGUUUGGGUUACAGUCAGUUUUGUGGGACUAUGAUACGUUUGACUGGCAGUUGAUGUCGAACCAGAGAACUGAGCAGCAGAUUUAUGACGACGUUGCGAGAUGGAUCCAAGAGUCAGAGCCUCCAAGUGGAUUGAUUUUGGAGCAUGAUGGGCAUAUUAAGACGGUGAAUGCAGCGAUUGAGAUUAUUGAGAAACAGCUUGGAAGUGAUCAGUUGACAGUUGCUGAGUGUGUUGGAGGAAUUGAUUAUAUUAAGGAGUAUGUUGAAGAGCUUUAG